GCUACUCUUGGUUUGUUGAUCAACAACUCAACAUGAAAAAAUUGUUCUCUGUGGGCGUUCUUCACAUUCUUCGAGAUGAAAUAGAAAUGGUCAUGGUCCAUCGGAUGAACUGCUUUCAUGGUGGAUGUGAAAAUUUCAAAUCACAUCAAGGAAAAAUUUCCAUUGUUUUCCUUCCUGCAUACCCGACAGGUUAGUCGUUCCACGCACAGGGUAAAAACGCCCUCUAUCCCGUUCGUAUGUGCCAAAAUUUCGAUAGAACGCAGUGGCAAUGCCCGUCGAGUGACCAGUGUGCACAACUGCAAAUACUGCUUCCUCUGAGCACUUCAUCCUAUGAAAGUUUACAAUGUGAGGAAAGCGGAACUUAUUCGUACCUCUCCUCCCCUGCAAUGUGUUCCAGUCUAAGAGCCCAUCACCGAUGCAAAGUUGCUUCUCAGCCAAGGACUCCUUCUGUUGGACGAGACGGAGAGGGCUCCCAAGGUAUCUUACCAAAGUUGCUGUGCCCCGUCAAAUUGAAGAUACGCAUACUUCUCGAAAUGGAGUGCAACUUGAUGAAGACAAUGAAUCUCCUUCUGUUUCUGAGGACAGCAUCUUUGCUUAUAAGAAAGGACUCAUUUCGACGACCAAGAAGGAAGUAUUUGCAGGAGGGAAAGCCUCUCCCAGCGACUAAUGUAGCAACCAGUAUUAUUCAUCAUCAACACUCACAGUCACUGUGGUAAAAAACAAGCAGGUUUUUCAUAUUGUACAAAGUUGCAGCCCAUAUUUUGUGAAAAGUGAAGAGGCAAGAGAAUUAUUGUCAGGUAUCAGAAGCUAGAGAUGUACAAUCUGCAAAGAAGAAAUGAGCAUUUCAGAAUUCUAGAUGGAAGUGUGCAGUACCGGUAUUUCAAAGUUUCAAUGUUUCUACCACCACACAUUGUGUAAGAUAAAUAUAAGAAACAAG